GGUACUCCAUUUUUAUUUGCCUGUCAAUUCUCUUUUCCUGCAGCAUCUGCUAAGCAUCUAAUUCCUUUUUUCACUUUUGUGCUGUGGAAUUUUUUUCCCCUCUCAGAAAGUGUUUUUUGGCAUUGAUUAUUACAAUACAACAGAAAGUUUAUGCCCUUUUACUGUUCUUCAUCCUCCAAAUUUUUUCUUUCUUUUUCUCUUCUUGGGUAUUUCUUUUCACACUUGAAUGAAAUUGGUUUUCAUAGGGAAUUCUCUUGCUUUAAUUCCUAGGUUCUGCUCAUUUAGCUUGAAAAUAUAAUCUUUCUUGUUUUUUCCACUCUGAAUUUUCUUCUUCCUUGGGUUCACAUAUUUUAUUGAAUCUACUAACUAUUGGGAUCUUCAUUCCAUGGGACUGUGUCAUGGAAAACCCGUUGAAGCUCGACAAAAUCUAUCUGAAAAUCCAAUAAUACCAGGUGAAAUCAAUGAACAUACUCUGAAUUCUUCAACUGGGAAAACACCAAAAUUCCCAUUUUACAGCCCAAGUCCCUUCAAGAACUCACCUGCAAAUUAUAGCAUCUCUUCAACUCCUCUCCGCUUCCUUAAGCGCCCAUUCCCACCACCAUCACCAGCUAAACAUAUUAAGGCAUUUCUUGCAAGGAGGCAUGGUUUGAUGAAGCAUAAUGAGGCUACUAUACCUGAAGGGAGUGAGUGUGAGAUUAUUGCUUUGGACAAGAAUUUUGGGUUUUCAAAGAAUUUUAUCAGCCAUUAUGAGCUUGGGGAAGAAAUGGGAAAGGGACAUUUUGGGUAUACUUGUGCAGCUAAGGGAAAGAAGGGAAGCUUGAAGGGACAAGAUGUGGCUGUUAAAGUUAUCCCAAAAUCAAAGAUGACUACAGCUAUUUCCGUUGAGGAUGUUAGAAGAGAAGUGAAGAUAUUACGUGCACUAACAGGACACGAGAACUUAGUGCAAUUUUAUGAUGCAUAUGAGGAUGAAGACAAUGUAUAUGUUGUGAUGGAGUUAUGCAAAGGAGGUGAAUUGUUGGAUAGAAUACUCUCUAGGGGUGGCAAAUACUCAGAAGAAGAUGCUAAAAUUAUCAUGGUACAGAUUUUAAGUGUAGUGGCUUACUGUCAUUUCCAAGGCGUGGUUCACCGUGACUUAAAACCUGAGAAUUUUCUCUUCACUUCGAAAGACGAGUCUUCCCCUCUGAAGGCUAUUGACUUUGGACUAUCUGAUUACUUAAAGCCAGAUGAAAGGCUGAAUGAUAUAGUAGGAAGUGCUUACUAUGUGGCACCUGAAGUUUUGCAUAGAUCAUAUGGAGCAGAAGCUGACAUGUGGAGUAUUGGUGUUAUUGCUUAUAUUCUUCUUUGCGGAAGCAGACCCUUCUGGUCUCGGACAGAAUCUGGAAUCUUCCGAGCUGUCCUAAAAGCUGAUCCAAGCUUUGAUGAAGACCCAUGGCCUUCUUUGUCUUCUGAUGCUGUAGAUUUUGUUAAAAGAUUAUUGAACAAGGAUUAUCGUAAAAGGCUAACAGCAGUUCAGGCUCUCAGUCAUCCAUGGCUGGCCAGCCAUCAUGAUGUCAAGGUACCUGUGGAUAUGAUAACGUAUAAGCUUGUAAGAGCUUAUAUAUAUUCUUCUUCUCUGAGAAAAACAGCUUUAAGGGCUCUUGCAAAAACAUUGGCAAUACCACACUUAUCCUAUCUCCGAGAACAGUUCGGUUUAUUAGGGCCAAACAAAAGUGGAUUUAUAUCCCUUCAUAACUUCAAAAUGGCUGUGGCAAAGAACUCGACAGAGGCAAUGAAGGAUUCACGUGUUCUUGAUUAUGUCAAUAUGGUGAGUUCUCUUCAAUACAGAAAAUUGGAUUUUGAAGAAUACUGUGCUGCAGCAGUAAGUGUAUAUCAGCUGGAAGGAAUGGAAAGUUGGGAGCAACAUGCACGCCGUGCCUAUGAGUUUUUCGAGAAGGAUGGUAACCGGGCGAUUAUGAUAGAAGAACUUGCCUCAGAGCUUGGACUUAGUCCAUCUGUUCCCAUUCACUUAGUUCUUCAAGAUUGGAUAAGACACUCAGAUGGGAAGCUCAGCUUCGUGGGGUUUGUCCGACUUCUUCAUGGAGUUUCUUCACGCUCACUUCAGAAGGCUUGAAAUAUGCUCCAGCUAUACAUCAUUUUCUAACGAUGAAGUAACUCUGCAGAAGGUUCAUCUGAUUCCGGAGGCUUUGAUGAAGUAACUGUGCAGAAGGUUGAUGAAAGUCGAAAGCCACAGCCAGUUGCAGCUAAUUUACAGUUGUACUUGUUUCCUUAUAGUUUUCCUUUACUCCCAUAAUUUGGUGGGGUUGAAAUUAGAGUAAUGUACAGCUGAGUAGAUCACAAAAUGUGUUCAUGGCUAGAAAAAGAAGUAACUUUUGUGUCUCCUUUUUUUGGGUUGUAUCCCUUGUGUACCCUUUGAGUUUAGCUUCUUAAUAAUUUGUAAUUCAUGAUGUAGAGGAGGUUUUUUAUGUAGCAAACAAUGGAACUCAUGUUUUUUCAUA